AUGCAGGGCUUUUUGGAAAGGAAAAUGAAGAUGAAAGCCUGCAGUCCUUUCAUUGUUGUCAUCCUGGCUUUGACUUUCAGCAGUGACUGUACAGGGAUGAACCGUGGGUCUACACAAAGAAGAGGCCCAGUACAUGAAAGCUUUCACCACAGAGUGUUUACAGAGGAUGAACAGCUAUGUACAUUUCCCUUUCGGUAUGGUGGAAGGAUGUACCACGCAUGUAUAUCAAAUCUAUUUUCUCAAAAGAAAUGGUGUUCAACCACACAUAACUAUGAUCGCGACAGGAAGUGGGGUUAUUGUGCUUCUGCAUCCAAAGACCAUAUAGAUUUCUCAGAUUAUUGUGCAAGGCGCCCAUGCAAAAAUGGAGGGACCUGUUCCGUUGCCUAUGAUCAUAGUUCUUAUCACUGCGCAUGUCCUGAGGCAUUCACAGGAAAAGACUGCGAGAUUGGGAAGUGUUUUGAUGAAAGUCGCUAUGAGUACUUUGACACUGGCGAAAGUUGGGCAAGAAUCCACAAAGGAGUAGUGGAAGAAUGCACGUGUGUUAACAGCCGAAUUGAAUGCCAAAACACACGAUACACAAGUUGUACCAGUAAUCCCUGUCUCCAUGACAGUGCCUGUAGAAUGAUUGUCUUCACUGGGAAAACUAUAUGUGGUUGCAAAGAAAACUUUGUAGGAAAAUAUUGCAAUAUUGUCCCUUACCAACUAUGUUAUCGUGGCAAUGGUACAGAGUACAGAGGGGUUGUGAAGACGACUGUUUCUGGACACAGUUGCGUGCCCUGGAAUUCAGAUUUGCUCUACCAAGAACUUCAUGUUGACAGUGUUGAAAAAGCUGUGCAGCUGGGCUUGGGACCCUACUCUUACUGCAGAAAUCCAGAUAAUGAUGAGAAGCCCUGGUGUUACAUCAUGAAGGACAAUACUUUGUCUUGGGAAUAUUGUAACAUUACAUCUUGUGACGCCAGGAAAAGGAUACCAGAUAUAGUUCCAGAUAUUGUGGAUACCUUUGCAGUUGUCAAAAGAGCAUGUGGAAGAAGACACAAAAAACGAAGUUUCAUCAGACCUAGGAUUAUUGGUGGCUCUUCGUCUCUACCAGGCUCUCACCCCUGGCUAGCAGCCAUAUAUAUUGGAAAUAGCUUCUGUGGUGGCAGCCUUGUUCAUCCUUGUUGGGUAGUGUCAGCAGCCCACUGCUUUGCACACAGUCCACUGAAGUCCAGUAUUAGAAUUGUUCUGGGUCAGCAUUUUUUUAAUAAAACAACAGAUGUAACGCAAACAUUUGAAAUAGAGAAAUACAUUUUACACCCAGAUUACUCAGUAUUCAACCCAACUGAACAUGAUAUUGUUUUAAUUAGGCUCAAAAAGAAUAACAAACGUUGUGCUGUCAAGACCCAGUUUGUUCAGCCAAUCUGCUUGCCAGAAAGUGGCAUGUCCUUCCCUGAUCAACACAAAUGUCAGAUUGCUGGAUGGGGACACAGGCGUGAGAAUGCAUCCAACUAUUCUAACGUUUUGCAAGAAACAUUGGUUCCCAUUGUUCCUGAGCAUAAGUGCAGAAGCCCUGAAGUUUAUGGAGAUGAAGUUAGUGAAUACAUGUUCUGUGCUGGUUACUUUGAUAGCAAAUCAGAUGCCUGCCAGGGUGAUUCUGGUGGAUCUCUGGCCUGUGAAAAAAAUGAAAUAUCUUACCUCUAUGGGAUUAUCAGCUGGGGAGAUGGAUGCGGCAGGGCCAACAAACCUGGAGUUUAUACCCGAGUGACCAAAUAUGUGGACUGGAUAAAUAAGCUAACCUCCCCCCAAAAACAAAUAGCAGAACUUCCAUAUGUUACUGUUGCCACGCACGUUGUAUGA